AAUUAGGUGUGAUUGAUAUAAAAAAUAAUAAUAAUAAAUAAAGAAAUAAAGUAGACAUUGACUUGACUAUAGUCUAGAGGUAGUAUUAAUAAUGUUAUAUAUACAUGUGUUUCAAUAACACUAACCUAUGUUUUUGUGUAUAAUGGAAUCCUCAAAUCUCAUUCUGCUCAUGAUAAUGAUAACAACUAUAUUCCAUGAGACCACAGAAAGUAGUCCUUGUUUUUCAUCUUGUGGAAAUAUCCAUAAUAUAACCUCUCCUUUCCGGCUAGAUACCGAUCCACCCAGCUGUGUAUCAAAGUCAAAUAAUGCUUUUGUUCUUUCUUGCAACAACAACCAAACUACGGUUUUGAAACAUAAUGAUCAUCAUGGAAGAAGCUAUAAUUACCAUGUUGAGGCAAUCAAUUACAACAACUACACAAUUAGACUUUCGGAUCCAAAUAUCAAAAAGGGUAAUUUCUCUUCCAUCCCAACUUCCUAUUCAUCUAAUCUCCCUUCUCCAUUUGAAUUACAAAUUACUUUUCGAAAGGGUAAGAGGUUUUGGUCCACAUAUUUUGUAACAUAUCCAACUGCAGAGCGUGUGUUAUUCUUGAGCUGUGAAAACAAAGUGUACAAUUCUUUAUACAUAGACACAGCUCCUUACAUAAACACCUCUAAUUUGUCUGAAAAUCCCAAAGCAAGGUUCUUGUACGUUGUUUAUGCUAGUGGCUUUAAGUACUCUGAUUUGGUCGAGUCUUGCCAAAUUUACCAAACUGCCCUCGUAUCAUUGAAGAAAGAUAGGAAUUAUACGAUGAUGACUAUAUCAUACCAAGAUAUACACGAUGAGCUCAGCAAUGGUUUCGAGGCUUCUUGGAUCCGAGUUUUGCAAAAGAAUGACAAAGAAAAACUUUGCUACAUUGAUAAAAUAUACAACGAGGCUUUUUGUGUUUAUGGUUAUUGCAAGGCAAUAAAAUUGGCGAUUACAACAGUGUGCAGGCUCUGGCGCCAUAUAUUCGACAGACGUCUAAUGAUGCCAUCGGCUCAUGUUACUGUUGAAUUUGUUUGUGUCCAGUGGAAAAACAUUGUUCAAAUUCUAGGACCAAGAACAAUAUUUGGACUCUUAUUUAUCAUCACUCUUAUCAUUUAUAAAUGGAAAAGACGACACUUGUCAAUAUAUAAUGGCAUCGAGGAAUAUCUCCAACGACAAAACAAUCUCAAGCCUAUAAGAUAUUCAUACUCAGAUAUUAAGAAAAUGACAAUAUACUUCAAGAUGAAGUUAGGUGAAGGAGGAUUUGGUUCUGUAUAUAAAGGUAAACUUCGCAGUGGUCAUUAUGUAGCUAUCAAGAUAUUGGGUAAAUCAAAAACUAGUGGGCAAGACUUUAUUAAUGAAGUUGCUACUAUUGGGAGAAUUCAUCAUGUUAAUGUGGUACGACUAGUGGGUUUUUGUGUGGAAGGUUCAGCGCGUGCCCUUGUAUAUGAGUUCAUGCCUAAUGGAUCUUUAAAUAACUAUAUUUUUACAGAAGGCAAAGAAAGAAAUGAUUCAUUAAGUGAUGAGAAAAUAUUUGAUAUCUCACUUGGAAUUGCACGUGGUAUCGAGUAUCUUCACCAAGGAUGUGAUAUGCAAAUUUUACAUUUUGAUAUUAAGCCUCACAAUAUUCUUUUGGAUGAAAAUUUUACUCCCAAGAUUUCAGACUUUGGCCUAGCAAGAUUGUGUCCAUUAAAUAAUAAUGUAGUCUUAACUACACUCAGAGGAACUAUUGGAUACAUAGCUCCAGAACUAUUUUACAAAAAUAUUGGAGCAAUCUCCCACAAAGCUGAUGUGUAUAGUUUUGGAAUGUUGUUGAUGGAAAUGGCUAAUCGAAGGAGAAAUUUGAACACACAAACAGAUCAUUCUAGCAAAAUUUACUUUCCUUUAUGGGUGUAUGACCAUGUCGAAGAAGUAAAGAGCAUUGAAUUAAACGACAUCACAAAUGAGGAAUUAGAUGAGAAAAAAAUAAAAAAGAUGAUUAUGGUAGCAUUAUGGUGUAUACAAAUGAAGCCUUGUGAUCGCCCUUCGAUAGGUAAAGUCAUAGAGAUGUUAGAAAGUCAUGUUGAAUCUCUAGAAAUGCCUCCAAAGCCAUACUUAUAUCCACCAGAUUCUUAAAAUAAUGUUGUUGAUAGUGAGGCACUAAAUACAAUUACUUAAUGGAAUAAUUAUUAGAGAGCCAUGUUGUAUCUCUAAAAAUGUCUUCUAAGCCAUACUUUCAUAGAAUAAUUAUUAAUAUUUAAUGGUAAUUCGAACAUUUCUU